UGUUCUCGCGGGUGCAGCGAGCUAUGCUUCCGGCGGGAAACUUGCUGCGCCACCGCGGGAGCGUUCCAGGGUUCCAUGGGGGCUGCGGCAGCGGGGCUGGUGGAUUGUCACUGCCACCUCUCGGACCCGGACUUUGACGGCGAUCUGGAUGAUGUAUUGGAGAAAGCCAAGAAGGCUAAUAUUGUGGCCAUUGUGGCAGUUGCUGAACAUUCAGGAGAAUUUGAAAAGAUUAUUCAGCUUUCCAAAAGGUACAGCGGCUUCAUCUUCCCCUGCUUAGGUGUUCACCCCGUACAAGGGCUUUCACUAGAAGACCAAAGAAGUGUCACAUUGAAGGAUCUGGAUGCAGCUUUGCCUAUUAUUGAAAAUUACAAGGAUCAGUUGCUGGCAAUUGGAGAGGUUGGACUAGAUUUCUCUCCCAGAUUUGCUGGCACUGAUGAACAGAAGGAAGAACAAAGACAAGUCCUAAUCAGACAGAUCCAGUUAGCCAAACGACUAAAUUUGCCUUUAAAUGUUCAUUCACGCUCUGCUGGGAGACCUACCAUCAACCUCCUACGUGAGCAAGAUGCUGACAAGGUCCUGCUGCAUGCAUUUGACGGUCGGCCGUCUGUAGCCAUGGAGGGCGUGAGAGCUGGGUACUUCUUCUCAAUUCCACCAUCUGUCAUAAGGAGUGGGCAGAAGCAGAAACUUGUGAGACAGUUACCUUUGACAUCUAUCUGCUUAGAAACAGAUUCACCUGCACUAGGACCAGAAAAACAGGUACGAAAUGAGCCCUGCAACCUUUCCAUGUCUGCAGAAUACAUUGCUCAGGUGAAAGGGGUCUCCGUGGAAGAAGUCAUCCAAGUGACCACACAGAACGCGCUGAAACUGUUUCCCAAGCUGCAGCAUCUACUCCGGGAAGAGCUUCAAAGCCAGGAGUCGCCGGGCCAAGUCACCUGCGGGGAGGGCAGCAUUUGAGAGAAAGAAAGAAUAACCUGAGACAACAUUUUAAAGAGAAGGUGGAUUUUGCCUCAGAGUUUCAGAAGUCCAGUUCCGGAUGUUGGGUGUGAUGAGGAAGCACAGAGAGCAGAGAAGUCACCUGAUGGACGCAUCGGAGAGGAAGAGACUGACUUAAAGCCUCCCUCUUCUCCCCACCUCAUAACGUCCACCAGCACUUCAGGCUGGGUACCAGGACUCCUUGGAGAGAUAUUUAAGACCCAAGCCAUAGCACAGAGGUGAUACUACUGCCCAUGAGCAUCACCAUAGGAAUUACAGACAAAAUGCCUAUGCCUUCCUCGAGGCUACAUGAAAAUCAAUCUUGCGAGCACUCUUUCAGCUCUUUUUCCUUUUCCCUAUUUCCUACCACCUUGCUACCCACAUUUCCUGUGUCAGACUCUCACCUUUAAAUCUGUAAGGUCCGAUUUAAAUGGCUUCCUUGGUGCGAUUCCCCAGGCAGACAAGCUUCUCGGGUCCCUCAAAAGCGCUCUUGCCUUUCCCUCUUAGCCACCCACUGCCUGUUUCACCUGUUGCCUAAACUUGCUCUGUUAGCUUCCCUGUGGUGGGGAUGCAGGGCCAGCCCAGGUGAAAGGGGAAGAGGUAGAAGAGGAUGCAGUGGCCAAUACUUAAACGGAUUACAGUAAAAGACGCUACCAUUAAUUCCUCUCAAAAUCCUCCCCCUCCUCCAAACACAUCUCCUAAUUCCUGCCACUUUCUAAAGCAUUCCUCAAGUCCUCUUUCUUGGGCAUUUCUGUCUGCACCUUGGCGUUUGCCUCACUAUUCCAAAGCAAUUCAAAACCUUUGCCAUUCGCAGUCAUUUUGACUUAUGGACAGAGCCAGAAGUCCUGUGUGGUGUCCUAUUUUGUGCAUAUGGUAGAGGACGACACAGGACUGUUCUAAUUUGACUGAAAUGGAUGUAGAUUUUUAAUUCAGGACAUUGAGGUAGCCAUAAAAAGACAAAAAAUAGGAUUUUCAGAACUGCUUCAGAACAUGGCAAGAAUGAUCAGAUAAGUGUGUUAGAAAGUAAGGGGAGUAUUCUGGGAGGGAUUAAUAGUAAUUGACUUUUACUAUAAAGAUUAUUUUAAUUUAAAUACUCUUUUCAGAGCAACCCUUGAGUUUGGCUCAUGGUUUGAGGGGGUUCAGUCCAUGAUGGCAGGAUCAUCACGGUGUUAGUGAUGCUCCAUUUAUGGCAGCAGAGAAGCAGAGCAGGGGAACAGUGCCGGAAAGGAAAGGCUCAGGGACCAGCAAUGGACUCCAAGGCCACACCUCUGUGAUCCUCCAAGACACAUUCAGGAGUGUGUUCUACUAAUCCCCAGGCAGGUCCGAAAGCUUCUCAAGUUGAUACUCCUGGCUGCUCGUGACCCACACGAUCGGGGGUGGGAGGAUGCUGCUGCUUGGGACCUGGGGACUCUCCGUUCCAACUAACUGUGGGCCAACUGAGGAGUGUGCCAACCCCGUGCAGAGGAGGCCUGUGGGAUUGCUGGCAAUUAUGGGCUGUCUCUGAAAAUAACAGCAUGCCCUGGAAGGAGAUGGUAUUUUCAAACUGGUAAUAGAAUUUCCUUUUUCCUUUUGUUUUCUUCUACUUUUUUUUUCUUUUUUUUGAGACAAAGUCUUACUAUAUAGUGCAGGCUGGCUUUGCACUUGCUUGUGUAACCCAGGCUGGCCUUGAAGUGACAGCAGUCCUCCUGCCUCAGCCUUCUGAGUGCUGCAGUUACAGUGCCACCACCCAGCAAGGUAACAGAAUUUUCGGAAGAAUGUCCCAAUAAGCUGUGAACUGUUAGGCUUUUAUCCAAAAUGUUUCAUCUGAAUGUGCACGCUGAUAGUAGCAUGCCUUUGGCUACCCUUAGCAUUAAUAGAGUCUGACAUGCAAUGUAUCUCCUAACAUCAGUUUAGUCCUUUCUGGAUAAACCAAGUCCAAACAAUCCAGCCAGGGGCCAGUCAGCCCAGUUUUAUCAGGAAAACAAAUGCGAAUAUGAGGAAAGCGUCUCAGCCAAUGCUGAACAAUGCUGGGAUGACGGACAGUAGAUGACAGUUUCAGACUUUUCUCAUCGUUGAUUAUCAUUCACAUGUAGAAAAGAUGAAAAAUUUUAAGAGCCGUAAGUUUUAAGGUGUCGGGAAAAAAGAAAGAAAGAUCCUUCAUUUGGAAACUACAGAAGCUUUGGAUCUUGGUUACUGUACUUGACUACCUUCCCUUUUAAUUCCUCAAAUUUUUAAAUUGAAGAAAAGCAAUUAAAAGUUUUUAUAGGGAUAUUAUAUGUAAAACUUAAAACACAUAACACUUCAUGUAAAUACAUGUAAAAAUGUCAAAAUAGGUGUGAUGUAUAUUUCAGUGCAAGAGACUGUCACAUUUCUUUUGUCUUUUUUUUUUAUGUUAAAGGGAAUAAAACAAAACACUAAAAUAGAGCCAAACAAUACAGUAAGGACAAUAUUGGAUUUCAAAAAGAAGACAGAAGGAAAUCCCCCAUAGUGACUGUAUUGCAUAUGGUUACCCUCUCGGUAGAUGCUCAGACUGCCAGCUUUAGGCCUGCAAAGUCAAUCAAACAAUACAGGGAUUAAGUUGUUAUUUUUACUUCAGUGGCAUUAGCUCACCUGUGUUUGUCCAAAUGAGCCAGCUGCUUACCAGGGGGUGAGGGGAGCUCAGCCCUCCCUUCCUCCUAGCCUGUGUGCCCCUGGCUCACAGGAAGGGGGUGGGUUCUUGGUUCUCCUCCUGGCCUACCUGCCACUUAUUUCUUUACCUGUGUAGAACUGAUUAAUAUGACGAGUCCCUUUUUUUUUCCCCCCUCUCUUUCUUUGGUACUGCGAAUUGAACUGACCUUGUGCCUACUGGGCAGGCACUGUGCUGCUAAGCUACAUCUCUGGCCCAGUGGUUUCAUUUCUAAUUUAUUGUGGAUUUUUUUUUUUUUUUUUUGUCUUUUUUGUCUUUAUCGAUACCGGGGAUUGAACUCACGACUGCCUGCUUGCAAGGCAGGCGCUUACGCCGCUGAGCUAAACCUCCAGCCCCUCAUUUCUAAUUUAAGCAGAGCAUGUUUCUGUGUUAUCAGGAAAGUUCCCCAAAUUUGAUUCUAAAUACCUAUUAUAAUCUCCAGCUUUAAUUUUAAUGCUCCUGUAUGAGUUACCAUUGAGCAAAUAUAGACAAAACUGAGCUGAUUCUGUCCAGCUCUGCACAGAGGCCACGUGUUGCAGUUUCUUUGUGCAUUAUUACUGUUAAACUGUACCUUUUGCGAUUUUACAUUGGCACCUCUACAUGAACAGAGAACUGAUGCAAUUCAUCCUGCUGCUUCCAGCACUUUGAAAGGCUUUUGAGGGACUGGGAAUUUAGCUCAGUGGCCUAAGUGCCUGCCUGGCAAGCGUGAGGUCAUGAGUUUGAUCCCUGGUACCACCAAAAAUUAAAAUAAAAUAAAAAGCUUUUGAUUAACAAAGAAAGUAAAGCCAUAAACAUUUCCCAAAAAUUCAUGUCCCAGAGUUAGCAAUGAAUUGGCCACACUGGUUCGAGCAAAGCAGACCUUUAGAAGGAAUUUGGUGUAAUUUGAUAUUUGAAAACUACUGUUAAUGCAAUUAUACAUGUUAUAUUCUAAGAAAAAUGCUAAUUCUAGGGCCUGCUGAGUUGAUUUCUCUUGUGGAAUUUUUUAAAAAAUAUAUUUAAAUUGUAUAAAAGUUGUGCUGCAUCUUACUUUACUGGAUAAAUUUAAAAUACAGUAUUGUACUAUAGAAACUAAUACAAACUAUCUUUUGCCUUCAAAUGGGACAGAAAAUGGAAAACAUAGAAGUAAAUUCUGUUGAACCAGGGAGAGACAGAGAGACACAGAGACAGUGAGAGACUCAAGCCUUCACUUUAUGUAUUUAUUUUCUGUUUUCCAGUACCAGGGAUCGAACUCACGACUGUACACUUGCAAGGCAGGCACUUAUGCCGCUGAGCUAAAUCCCCAGCCUGAGCCUUUGCUUUAAUCUUCAUAGUUAUUGAGCUCCUCUGUAGGUUGCCCACUCACCUGGAUUACAGGAGGAAUAGGACACAGUCCUCCCUCAGUUUACCCUUACAGUAAGACAGCCAGAUGGCCAAGUCAUUUCAAUUCAGUGUGAAAAACGCUGUAGCAACGAAGAACCAAGUGUUAUCUACUGGGCUGGUGACACUUACAGUCCUGUUUAGUGUAAUCGCUGUGAUUGUGCUUUUUACCUUUAACAUCGCAGGACUUUUGAGAACAAGCUAGCUUCAAGGGCACAAGGGUCAAAGGCGUGAGUGCCACCUGCCCUAGCAGCCAGGAUAAGAUAUAAGGGGGAGAGCGAACUGUGGUCCCCCUUGUUGCUUUGCUACCUUCAAUCCACAGUACUGAAAAAAAUAUCUCUGUCUUUAGGCAGGAAAGACACAUGAGUAGAGAGAUUGUUUGUCUUCAUGAAUCUCUGUCCCGGUUAGGCAAAUGAGAACAGAGAGCUCCUCUGCAUUUGGAUUCCUUUCAGCUCUACAAUCUUUCGUAUUUUGGGACAAAAUAUUUUGGUUAUUUUCGAGCAUAAUUAUGUAAAGAUUUCCUUCCACAUUUGCACAGUGUGACUGGUAAAUGGUGAGCCCGUCCUCUGCGGUGGCCCAAAGAAAUAAGAUGUGUGCUUCCUAAUCCUAAAAAUGAUGGUGAAAAUAAAUUGAACAAAGAAGCAAGCAA